UCAAUUGAACGAAAAAGCUUUCUGUCGCCUAAACUUUUAUAGCACCCCUGCGUGUAAAAGCUAUUUUAGAGCUUUCGCUCCCUUUCUCCAAAGCUACUUUCCCAAGGAAUUCAGUUCCUGUCCAUGACACUUAUUUAUAACUGUAGUGAAAAGUGCAGCAUUUCCCACAGGCCGACUUGUUAUCUGGUGUAAAUAAAAAGAAAAUACAAGGAACAAAAUAUACAAUUUAAAUAUUGCAUAAAUGACAGUGCUAAAAAUGAAUUAAGUGGCAUGGAUAUCUGCUAAAUAUGUUCAAUUAAGGAAUAAACCGGAGAGCUGUUAUUUUUCAUACGUACAAAGAAAGGAAUUAAAGAAUGCAUUCCGUGGGUAUACACUCCGCCAUGGCGAUUAAGCGGCAACGAAAACGCCGCGAUGAGCAGAAAAGGGCCAAGGAGCGGCGGUAUAGCACUCAGAGCUCGGAGAGCGGGGAAACUUUUCAUUCGCCGAGCGGAUCUGUGAGACGUAAAUACAACCAUCCCCAUCAUACGGUCAAAGCCGGGCCGGGAAUGUUAGAUACCCAGGUGGUAUCAAGUAUCGGAAUGUUGCACAUUGGCAUUGUAUUUAUUGUUUUUGGAGUUUUCUUAUGCGGCGCUGGCAUUAUUCCGGAUGAAGCCAUGUCCUGGAACGUAUUUAGCUCUAGUUCGGCUUGGUGGAAUGAGGUCACAUGCACGGGUCUUUUUUCCCUCGGAUUGGGCUUAUUUCUGUUAAUUCUAAACUGCGUUAUAAGCCGCAAAGAGGAAGAGGAUCUUGAAGACUAUGUACAACGGCAGCUAACACGAUCGCGUUCAGGACAUCGACUGGAGCGCGACGUAGAAACUGGUGUAUUAACUACACGACAUGCGCGAAAGGCUGUCGCCUUGCAAAAAAACGGACGCAAUGGCUCGUCCUCUCCAACGGAUGUCGCAGUCGUACAUUGUAGCUCUACAGAAAAUAUAUCUAACGGUCAGAUAGUAGGGCGUAAUGGUCUAAACAAUUCCGGCGAUAUACUGCUCGAAAAAAUUGUGGAGGAAGACACACCGUACUUGAAUGAUCACAGUACGGCAAUAUCGCCAAUGGAAAUAGAAAAUGAUACCAAACAACUUCUAAGAAGGGAAUCAAUAACAGAUGCAAUCAAUAUAACGCGCAUAUAAAAUUUAGACACCUAUGAAAGCUAUUUUUUCUAAUUAUUAAUGUUACUGUUUAAACAAUCUAUUUAAAAUUUCCAAUAGGUCUAAGCAUAUAUUAUGUAAUCUUUUUAACUAUUUUUUAAUAUGACAACUACAUUUAAAUACUUAAAUUAUAU